UUAAAACAGGUUCUACCUCAAGUCUUUGGAGUGAGGUGCAUGUGCAGGAUCAAUGUUGAGAACACAGCGCAGCACCAUCUGUCCCUCGGGAAAUCUCAAGCUUUGCGUUCCGCAAUGUCAGUGCGGAAGACCGGCGCUCACUGAAGUUCAACCAGCCGAGCGCUGAUCGGAAUCGCCGCCAAGAUUCAUCCCCGGUCGCUAACAGCGCAACAGUAAAUGUUGACAAAUUCCCUCGGCUGCAGCUCAAAAAUAAUUGAAUCACAAAAUGCAGAAUCAUUUAAUUAUUUGCUACUUAAAAGCCUUGUUUUUUUAAAUGGGGGAAAACAUCGGGCAUGACGUUGCAAUUUUAACAUGGGACUUCCUCCCCUCCUCCAAACUCUGAAUUAUAAAUAAAUACAAGCGAAUGACAACUGACACUGAUGUUGGAAAGUACCAAGUGUGCAGAAUAGUGAGCGGACUGCGGCCGAAGUCCGGGAUCUUUAUCGUCAAGGUUCGUCGUUUGAGACAACAAACGCAUUUUGCCCGACAUUUGCCCCACCUACUCUGCCAGAAUUGUAGGGGUGGAGUCUAAAUAUGGAAAUAACCCACGUUGCCAGGCAAGGAGUUUUUUUUUAAUUAUUAUGCUUCUCGGCUCCAUGCACUGCCCGGUUAAACAAUAACUAGUGUAAAUUAUGCCUCUCGCAGAAUGAAUCCACUGCCUACUUCCCAGAGCGUCGUUUUAACGGGAUAUUAUUUAAACGAUGAGACAACUGACGGUGUUGCGACCAGUACAAAGGAGGAGGCAGAUCUUUCUUUACUGGGCAGAAGAUGUGGGCAGUAUAGCAUGAACCAAAUGCAUUCCAAGAACAAUAUGGGGAAGCCUCAUUAUGAACGGUCCUUCUCCCAGGAUUCUCUGGAUGAACUUUCCAUGGAUGACUACUGGAGUGAAGUAGAACACAUCCAGAAAACCAAGGAUAAUGCCCAUGAAGAGCAAGAAGAAGUGUCUGUCAAAGUGCCUGAUGAAGGGGAGGUGGAAGCGGAGUGGCUGAAGGAUGCUGGCCUUUCAGGUUUGGUCAAUGGAGACGCCCAUGAGAGCAUAACGUUACUGUCCACCUUGACCCGUACCCAGGCAGAGGCUGUUCAGAGAAGAGUAGAAACAUUUACAAUGACAAUGAGGAAAAAAAACAAGCAACCAAUCCCUGAUGUCAGGGACAUCUUUAGUCAACAGGUUUCAAGAACAGGCGAAGCUUCAGCUGUUACAGCUGAUGAAAGUGAAUUGAAUGAUGCCACUGAGAAACUUGAAGAUCAACUGAUUAGCCUGAAGACAAAGGAUGCAGGCACUCAACACACAGCCGAUAUAAAUCUAGAAAUAUCAUACUCUGAACAGGCUGCAAAUAUGAAGGAAAAAUUAAACACCAUACAGCUCAAGGGCGAGGAUGAUGGAUCCCUACCUAAUUAUCGGCUCCCAAAGGAUAAAACAGGAACAACAAAAGCGGGAGCCCUUGCACCUCAAGACAUGAAGAAAGUGCGCUCAUUGGCUCUGAUCGAAAUGACUGCACUUUUUGACACACUUGGUAUAGAUUUCAAACAUCAUAAAGCAAUAAAAGUUAAAAUUAAAGAAACUGGAUUGUUUGGUGUUCCACUUUCAUUACUAUUGGAACAGGACCACAAAAAAAUACCUGGAACCAAGGUUCCACUUAUAAUUCAGAAACUCAUUUCCCACAUCGAGGAAGAAGGGUUAAACACAGAAGGAAUUCUACGAAUCCCUGGACUUGCAAUGAGAAUUAAGAGUCUAUGUGAGGAGCUGGAAGCAAAGUUCUACGAAGGAACCUUGAAUUGGGAAAAUGUUCGUCAACAUGAUGCCGCAAGUAUACUGAAGCUCUUUGUAAGAGAACUGCCACAUCCUCUUGUCACUCUUGAGUACCUCGAUGCAUUCCUAGCUGUACAAAAUCUAACAAGCAGAAAACUUCAGCUGCAAGCUCUCAAUUUGCUGGUGCUUCUCCUCCCAGAUCAGAAUAGGGACACGCUGAAGGCAUUGCUUGAAUUUCUUCGGAGAUUAAUUGACAACAGGGAAAGCAACAAAAUGACCCUAAACAACGUUUCUGUUGUCAUGGCACCCAACCUGUUUAUGUUUAAAGGAUAUUGCUCAAAGUCAAGUGCAAAGACACAGUUUGCAAUGGCAACUGGGACAAGCAACAUAAUGCGUUACCUGAUUAAAUACCAAGACCUACUUUGGACGGUCCCAAAAUUCAUUAUGAAUCAAGUUCGGCAACAAAACAUUGAAAGUCGUAAAAAGCUGUCUAAGGAAAAAGCUAUGAAAAAGUUGCUGAAAAAGAUGUCACACGAUAAAGAUAAGCAUGACCGGAAUCACACUGAAAGGAAACUAACAGAUCCAGUCACACUUCAGGGUGCAAUACGGGUUCAGGCACCAUCACUUUCUAAAGUUUCCAUGGCGAUUCAACUUACAGAAGAGCUGAAAGCUAGUGAUAUUUUGGCACGUUUCCAACAGUGUCUUGGCAAGACCAGGAUACCGGAAUCUUCCAGUAAAGAGGAAGUUUGCUUAUAUGAAAUUGGGGGAAAUAUUGGUGAACGUUGCCUGGAUGAUGACACGUAUAUGAAAGACCUAUACCAACUUAAUCCUAAAGCAGAAUGGGUUAUAAAGCCUCGGUGCCAAUGACAUUGUUUCAACAACAGAUAGGCAACAUGAUUAUGUUAAACCAGGCAUUAAUGGUUCUGUACAGCAAAGAGGUUCUGUACAGCAGGCUCAGAGGGUCAAAUGGCCUCCUCCUGCACCUAUUUUCUAUGAAAUACAAUGUCAAUCUGUCUGACCUGUCCAUGUACGUGAAUCUUGAUAUAUGCAGAAGGGCAAGAGAACCAACAUUGCUAUGACGAUUCAAAUUCAAGUUAUUUUCCCUUUGAAAAGGGGAUAAAUAUUGAAAAAUCAACUGCAUGCAUCAAGAUGCUUAAAAUAUUUAUGCAAUAUGUAAAUUUCAUGUAUUAGAAAUAAACAUGUUUUGAUAUAGGUGGUCAUUAACAAAAAAAAUCCUUUUAGAAGACCAGAGAUUUGACGGGACAUAAACCAUUAAGAGCAAAACUUAACAAUCCAGUAAGAACAUAUGCAGCAGAACAACAUAUGGAAUCAAUUUAUUUUUAGAUUUUAAAGAACUGACUGGAAAAU